CUCCAGUCUACCACCAAACUCCCUCAUACCCCAAAGCUACAACUUCAACACCCAGAAAGAAUCCCCAAAAUGGCGACCACAACCGCAUGCCCCAUCGUCGGCACCACCAACGAUGUCCUCCCGCCCAACCACCCAGACAUUGACCUCGCCAAAGACGGUCAGACAUGCCCCGUCGUCGGCGCGAAGACAGACCACCACCACAACCUUCACAAGCACCCGAACGUGCCCAUCCCGGAUCCCGCGAGCCCGACCGCGACCGAGUGUCCGGCGCUGAAGAAUGUGAUUCAACAGCCCAAGAGCCAGGCUAUGGAUGAUGAAGUGUGUCCGGUUAUCGGUCCCGCGACGACUGUCCUCCCGCCCGAUCACCCGGAUACGAGCAGCGCGAAGGAGGGCGACGUGUGCCCGGUUACGAAGGCGAGCGUGGCGCAUCACAAGACGAAGGUGCAUACGCAUCCGAGUGUGCAGGCGGCGUCGGAGGAAAAAGUAUGCCCGGUGACUGGGCAGCAUGGGGCCGCUCAUUAGAGUCUAGAUGCAGCUUGCCGGAGGAUAUCUGAGGAACGUGGGAUAAGGCGUUAGUACGGUCAUUGAAUCGAGAUACUCUAGGAAUGCUUAGUAACUCCUAAGGUAGGGCGUGGGGGGUUUGCGGG